AUGCUGGAUCACAUCGGGUCAUUAGACACUCUGCCGCAGGCGCGACGAAUCUCAGGCACAGAAUGUAAAAUCCUGUUAUAUUGGGCAGGUAGUGCUGCCCGUCUCUUCUCUUACCUCGCACCUUCAUCGGAAGGGGGAUUCAGCGACUGGGAAUCGAUUGCCCACAAGUAUUUCUCCGACGAGACCCUGCGCCAGGGAAGGAGCUUUGAUGAAAUAGUUGAGCAAGUCUGCGUUGCCAAAAAUGGACAUGAUGCUUUCAAUGGAACCGUGAUAAGCAUUCCUGGUUGUAAGGAGAUUUAUGACUAUGAACGAGAAUUCGGCGAGUUUGGCAUGAUUAGGACAGUCUCUUCAUUGCUCCGGGAGACCGUUACGCUUGUCCAAGCCACUGAUGGCAUCAUCUGUGCUUCAGCGAUGGCACUAGAAGGAGAAACUCUUACUGCUUGCAACAAGUAUACUACUGUAUAUCCUGUUGGAGUUCAGAUAGGACCAAAGAACUGGUCCCGGGACGGAUCGAUUGAGGAUGAGAGAAUACGAUCUUAUCUUGAUCGCCAUGCCAAGGACGAGGCAAUCGUCAUCUCAUUUGGGUCUAUGGUCUUCCCCACCAAUCGCGCCAAUUUUCAGGCUCUUAUAUCCACCUUGAAUGACAUGAAGUAUCCAUUCAUUUUGAUCAUUGGGGGGAUGCAUGCGAAGAAAUUCAUCGAUGCUUCAGACAUAGAAAAUAUUCAGAGCAGCGGAGUCGGCCUUGUGUGCGAUACAUGGGUCGAUCAACAAGCAGUUCUCCAGCAUCCGUCGGUAGGAUUUUUACUUGCCCACGGUGGGUGGAAUUCGAUGAUGGAAAGCUUUGUCCAGGGCAUCCCACUCGUGGGCUGGCCGCUAGCUCCUGGAGAUAAUGCUAUCAACGUGGCAUUGGCGUCAACGAGGGAUAGACCUAUUGCAUUUGAGAUCAUGCAGAUCAGGACCGGCAGCGCCAAAGCCAAAGCAAGACGAGGAGGCCCUGAUAUCAUUGGUAGCGAAGAGGCUGUAAGACAAGAGUUUGAGGAAAUCUUGCGCAAGACAAAAGAAGCCGAAGGCAAACGAAUCCGUGAAAAUACCCAGAAUCUUGCUGCUGAGCUAAGAACAGAAAGGAGGGAAGCUGCUCGGCAAGUGAUUACCACCUUGGCAUUUAUUUGA